AUGUUGGAGAACAUGUCCCGGCGUUCCCGUACCCUGCUCUCCCUCUCUCUGACCUCGCUGGCGCUAGCGCUAUCGGUGUUAGCUUUCUGCACCUCCUACUGGUGCGAGGGGACACACAAGGUGGUCAAGCCGCCCUGCCUGUCUCCAGUCAAGAUGAAGAAAUGCGGACAGAACAACAGCCUGCCCUACACCACUGAGAUUCCCACUCCAGACCCAUUCAAACCUGUGACCACAUUCACCCUGUCCCCAAGUCAGAAGGAGGAGCUGGCACGCAUACGGGCCAGGAAAAUGGCCAACGCUGUGCAUUACAUCUGGGAGACGGGCGAGGACAAGUACAUGCUACGUUACUUCCACACCGGCUUCUGGCUCUCGUGCGAGAAACACAACGAAAGAGAGGUCUGCCGGAGUUUCAUUGAGCUUACACCGCUGUCUCUCUCUCUCUCUGCAGGUGUGCUGUGGCUCGCCGUGAUCUCUGAGUUUGCGUACAUCAGUCUGCUGGCCGCGGGCUUCCUGAUGAUGUGGGUGGAGGUGUUGUGUCUCUGCCUUUCUAAAGAGAUGUACGCCCUGAAGAUUAAUGCCUACGCAGCCAUAUGCACUGUCCUCUCAGGCUUGAUGGGAAUGGUGGCCCACAUGAUGUACACAACAGUGUUUCAGAUGACAGUGAGCAUGGGGCCAAAAGACUGGCGGCCGCAGGAGUGGGACUACGGCUGGUCAUUUGCCAUGGCCUGGCUCUCCUUCAGCUGCUGUAUGGCUGCAGCCGUCUUUACGCUCAACUCCUACACUAAGACCCUCAUCGAGAUCCGGCACCGGCAGCGCAUCCAAUUGGACGAGGCCCGGUCUGCCUCCCUCGCCCCCUCCUACGAUGAGGUUGUCACAGAAUUAGGGGGCGGGGUCUACUCCGUCAAUCGUCUGAUGCGCCAGGCCCAACAGAGCACGCUGAUGGAGAAUAUUUGGCCCCCCCAUGCACUGGUGAUGGGACCAGGGGGCCACCUGGCAGGAGGGGGGAUGGUGUUGGUGGGGGGGUGUGGGACAGAGGGGUGUGAGGACUGCGAAAUGGAGAUGGACGAGAUGGAGGAAGCACUGGAUGAAGAGGACGAAGGUGAGAGGGAAGAUGAUCUCUGCUGAGAAGAGAAGGGUUUAGAAGAGAAGAGAAGAAAGGAGAAGAGAAGAGUAUAGAAGAGAAGAGAAGAAAGGAAAAGAGAAGGGUAUAGAAGAGAAGAGAAGAGAAGAGAAGAGGGGGAGCACCAUAUGGUGCAGAGGUGCCAGGAAAGGUAGAAAGGGAGAUGUUUAAAAAGGACAGAUGGUUGAUGAUGUAAAGCGUCAGCAAGAAGAUGGGAGAUGGGAGAAGAUGGGGGACUGUGGUGACUGCUCUGGUGAGGGUAUUGAAAGACUGAGCCUGGAAGGCUAAGAGCAGAAGAAGAAACAGACGUACUGGACCCCUUUCCUCUGUCUAUGGGUGUCUCUCUUCCUGCCCUAUGUUCCUGUGUGUGUCAUGGGCAGUAGGUUGAGAUAAGAGCAUGAUAGCAGGACAGAGACUACAGACCUCAAUCAUGUUUCAUCCUCUCAUGGGAACUUUGUCUGAGAUUAUUAUGGUGUUACCAUUGCUUACAAACACAAUAGGUUUAAACCUAAUGAAAUAAAGCCCUUUGAUUAAUGUGUUUGUUCAGUACUCCAGACAAAUGAAGAUCAACAUCAUUAUUGUACAGGGACUGUGCUACCUACUUACCAGAUUUGUGUCUCAUGGUGUAAUUGUUGCUUUUUAAAAUGUAUUUAUUGCAAAGUUUUAAAAAUCUUUAUAGUCUCCUGUCGUCUUGCUGUUCAGCUGCUCCCUGUCACUGUUGGAGCCAGGUGACAGUUUAGAAAUUAAGUAUCAUACUUUAUUUGUAGCUCAAACCUGUUGGAAUGACUUUUUAUUCUUUUUGUAAUCAGACAGUUAACGACUACCCAUAGGCCAAGUAUUGUAGAGGAAAGGUGUCAGUAUGGAUAUUUUGGAAAUGUUAUUGUGGUAUUUCGCUUUGCGUUGUGCCAAGAACACCUUUAGCUGUGAUGGUACUGGUUUCAUACCAUUGUCUAACUAACAAGAAUUAUGAUGGAUUUCUGCCAUGGUUCAUUUGGUACAUGACGUGGUCAAAUAUUGAUCUAUGAACCUACAUCUUUCAAGGAGGAAGUUACCAUAGUUGCCAAGCAGUGGUAUUUACCACUCAUUGCAUUAUAAUGUAUGUACAGCCAAAUCAUUGUUUGAUAUUCAUCAUAACUUUUGUAGCAUUCUUGGUGCAAAAGACACACCUGCUGUUUGAGAAAAUGUGGCCUCUCUGCAUAAUUGCUUUGUCAUUGCAGUUGAAAUGAUAGUGAUGGAAUGUCAGGAGCUGGUGCUAGUUGCUUUCUUGCCUUGUCAAGAAAUGUCUGAAUGGCCAAGAAAUGUAAAAUUGCCUGUGUUUUAUCAAACUGCCAGUUCAAUAUUCACUCAGACAACAUGAAUAUCUGUCCUGUUUUUACAUUUUCUGUACACAUUCAAUAUUUUAUAUGAAAAGAGAUUAAAUCACCUCUCUGCUGCUCUCUUCACGACCCUUGGCAAUUUCAGAGACUUCACAAUAAACAUGAAGAAACAAAAUAAA